CAGAGAAGGCAGAGGCGCUCCUUCGCCCCGAUCCAAACUCCACUUACAAAGCCAGACAUUAUAUCUGUCAGAGAGGAGACCUGCAUGGACAAACCUGGGACUACUACCCGUCUUUUCGUGCAUUUCACGGCGAUGAGGGAUUUCAGCGGCUUAGCGCACCUCCGACCACCAAAGAAGGGGCUAUUAAGGUCAAUUAUUUGCUAGAAAAGGCGGGUGGGGGGGUAAAAAGAGGGAGUGUGCAUGUUACUCGGCGGGCUUCACUUCCUUGACGCUGCAGAGCAGGAGCUGGAUGGCAUGAUGCUGCAGAGCCCGCUCACCUCCACGCCGUUUUCUGUCAAGGAUAUACUCAAGCUGGAGCAGCAGCAGCAGCAGCAGCAGCAGCAGCAGCAGCAGCAGUCCGGGACCCUGGAGCACCAGCACCGGGCCCACACCCAGCCCCACCUGCACCCAGCGUCUCCGCAGCAGCAGCAGCAGCAGCAGCAGCACUUCCAAACCCCGCCGUCCUGCAUGCUCGCAGGGCCCCGGGACAGCCCCUCCUUCUCGGACGGCGAGGACAACCUGGCCUACCUCAGUGCGCUGGCGGUGCGGGAGGAGGACCGCGGAGAGACCAGCUUGUCCCCGGACAUGUACGUCCAUCCCGGGCUGGCAGCCAAGCUAGAGGCUGAGCUGGACGAGCAGGAGAACAAGAGCUGUGGGCUGGCGUCCCGGGAAGAGGCAGGGGAGGGCGGGCAGGGAGACUCGGAGAGGCCGGUGCAGAAGCAGAGGAGCCGGCGGAGACCCCGGGUGCUCUUCUCCCAGGCGCAGGUCUUCGAGCUGGAGCGGCGCUUCAAGCAGCAGCGCUACCUGUCCGCCCCGGAGCGGGAGCACCUGGCGACCACCCUCAAGCUCACCUCGACCCAGGUGAAGAUCUGGUUUCAGAACCGGCGCUACAAGUGCAAGCGCCAGCGGCAGGACAAGUCCCUGGAGGCUGCGGGGCAGCAUCACCCUCCGCCGCCCAGGCGCGUCGCGGUGCCAGUGCUGGUCCGGGACGGGAAGCCGUGCCUGGGCGGCGCGCAGACCUACACCGCCGCUGCACCGUAUGGAUCCAACCCUUACAGUUACAAUGGAUAUCCGGCCUAUUCUUACAACAGCCCCGCUUAUAACACCAACUAUAGCUGCACAUACACCAGCAUCCCCGCCCUUCCCCCGUCAAACACCCCCAACGCCUUUAUGAACAUGAACUUGGGAAACGUCAGUGGCCUUGGAGGCUCUUCACAGACCCAAACACACCAAGGGACAGCCGUCACACCUUGCCAAGGCUCCCUGCAGGGGAUCCGGGCGUGGUAGCCUCACCAGAACCAAACGCCUUUUUUGUAUGGGGCUCUUUCAUUUUGGUCAGUUCACAACCUUUAGAAGUGUGUGUUAUUUGGUCGAAACACCUCAGAAAACAGUGUUGCUUAUAUAACGGAUGUGCCUUCGGAUUUAUCUGUCAGUUGAAUUGAAACUGAAAUUUCAGGUGCAGACUGGUAAUGUCUCGGGCUACUCCAAGUGUUUCAUCUUCAAAUGGUAGCCGAAAAUAGUGUGCGUAAAAGUUUGGCUGGAUGCUGUAUUGAACAGUGAGUUGAAAUGCUAUAAAUUUCAUUUUGUGGUCCAGUAA